UCCCGCACCGGAAGUUUUCAAUAAUAUUCCUUUUCAAGAUGGCGGCGUUGGUCGGUCCUCGCCUGGGCCGCUUUGGAUCCUUUUCCUUCAGACCCAGCCUGGUAAGCAGCACUCAAACUCAGGGUCUGCAUCAGAGCACCAAAAAUGAGAAUUCCAACAGCCUGGUUCCCGUCAGAGAGAAGAGCACCGCAGUGGCUGCCAAGGCCUCGGCGCUGCCCAGCAAUAAGGGCGAGUACGUCAUCACCAAAUUGGACGACCUGGUGAACUGGGCCCGCAGGAGCUCUCUGUGGCCCAUGACGUUCGGCCUGGCGUGCUGUGCUGUGGAGAUGAUGCACAUGGCCGCCCCUCGUUACGACAUGGAUCGUUUCGGCGUGGUGUUCCGCGCCAGCCCCCGACAGGCUGACGUGAUGAUCGUUGCUGGGACCCUCACUAACAAGAUGGCCCCCGCCCUCCGCAAGGUUUAUGACCAGAUGCCAGAGCCCAGAUAUGUGAUUUCAAUGGGAAGCUGUGCAAAUGGUGGGGGGUACUACCACUACUCCUACGCUGUGGUCCGAGGCUGUGAUCGCAUCGUACCUGUAGACAUAUACGUUCCAGGCUGCCCGCCCACCGCGGAGGCCCUUCUGUACGGCACUCUGCAGCUGCAGAAGAAGAUCAAGCGCGAGAAGAAAAUGAAGAUCUGGUAUCGCAAGUGAGAGGGACAGCUCCCCCCUCAGGCUGUUUGUAAAUGUGACUUUUAUUUAUGCCUGUUGAUUUCACAGAUGAGACUGGGUGGCUACUGUCAGGAGAUGCUCUGUGUUGGAGUUUUUCUCUCCUGUUCUCUGUAGUAUCAAUAAAGCAUGC